AUGUCUACUCCCACUGUUUGCACCCCUAUCAAGAGCCAUCAUGGCCUGUUCUCUACAAAGACCGCUGGCGGCCGCAUGCCCCUCACUCCUUCACCCCGUGCCAGAAACGCUAGUUUUUCAGGCAACUUAUCCAAGGAUGAUGCAUCCCCCUUCACUCCACCACGUCAGACCAGUGGUGCUGUUAGAUCAAGCUCCCAGUCCGUCUACGGCAACGGCAACCUUACAGCUCAUUUCGCCAAGUCAGUGACCAAGACUCGACCGGUCUCCAAGGGGAACUACCGUGACUCUCCAAAGUCCAAUAUUGCCCGCGUGAGACAGGAGCCUCGCCACCUUGAGCCUGCUGUGUCAGACUGGACACUUACCGGAACUGGACCAGCCCAAUCCCAGACACCUACCAAGAAGCGAGCAUCAAAGAAGGAGUCGGCUACAACCAGAACCAGAUCUAAGACUAGCAAGACUACCAUCCGUCUCCCCCACACCGUUGCAGACAGAUUCAUUCCCAACAGAAGCACCAGCGAGGGUUUGGUCACUGCUGGCAGUGCAAAGUCAGACGGAGCCACCCAGAGACACAAAUCUAGCAGUAGUGAAGGGUCUGCCGUUCUGGCUAACGCAGCCAGCGCCUUUGAUAUCAAUGGCCACAGCCGUGAUGAUGACUUGGCUGAAGCCUUCGGGGAACUUGGCAUCAACGACAAUGAAAGCACAAGCAGCAGCUACUCGCGUCCAGACCCAGACGCUAUUGCAUACAAGUCUUCCCUCGCCGAUGCCUGCGGUGUUUCCCUGAACACUCGUAUUCUUGAGUUCAAACCUGCUGCCCCUGAAUCUUCCAAGCCUAUCGAUCUUCGUUCGCAGUACAACCGUCCGCUCAAGCCUUCUACUGCUCAGACAGCACAGUUCCGACGAAGAGUUCAGACUGCCCCGGAUCGCGUCCUAGAUGCCCCUGGAUUAGUGGAUGACUAUUACCUUAACCUGCUAGACUGGAGCUCCGGUAACCAGGUGGCCAUCGGCUUGGAACGCAACGUAUACGUCUGGUCCGCAGAGUCUGGCGGUGUAAACAGUCUCCUUGAAACUCCAGCAGACACAUACGUGAGCAGUGUCAAAUGGAGUGGCGAUGGCGCAUACGUUGGUGUCGGCCUCGGAACUGGUGAAGUCCAGAUCUGGGACGUCGAGGAAGGUACCAAGCUCCGAAGCAUGUUUGGCCAUGAGACGCGCGUUGGCGUUAUGGGCUGGAACAAGCAUACUCUCUCUACUGGUGCUCGAAGCGGACUUGUCUUCAACCACGACGUCCGCAUCGCUCAACACAAGACUGCCGAGCUCGUCUCUCAUACCUCCGAAGUCUGCGGUCUCGAAUGGCGAUCUGAUGGUGCCCAGCUGGCUACAGGUGGAAACGACAACCUGGUCUCCAUCUGGGACUCUCGCUCUCUAUCUGCUCCAAAGUUUACAAAGACCAACCACCGUGCUGCUGUCAAGGCUCUCAGCUGGUGCCCAUGGCAAUUGAACCUCCUUGCUACCGGCGGUGGCUCUUACGACCGCCACAUCCACUUCUGGAACACCACUACGGGUGCUCGCACGAACAGCAUCGACACUGGCUCCCAGGUGACCAGUCUCAGAUGGAGCAACCAUUACCGCGAGCUUGUCAGCUCCAGUGGCUUCCCAGACAACUCCCUCAGCAUCUGGAGCUACCCAUCUCUUGUCCGCAACGUCGAGAUCCCUGCUCAUGAGACCCGUGUCCUCCACAGCUGCCUCAGCCCGGACGGCCAGAUGCUGGCUACCGCUGCUGCUGACGAGAGCUUGAAGUUCUGGAAGAUCUUCGAGCGUAAGCCAGGCACUGCUGCUUCCAGCUCCAGGGAAGGAGGCCUCUCCAGCAAGGGGAGCAAGAUGGCAAAGCAAAUGACCAUUCGAUAG